AUGAUGCUGCUAGUUGCGUUAUUAUAUCUUGUUGUUCUUGUUAAUAGUAAACCAAUCCUCCCAAUCAAAGAUUAUACUGUGACAAGGAAAGUAAUAUAUACACAAGAUGCACCAGCACCUGUAGCACCAUUUAAUCAAGGUAUUCAAAUAAAUUAUAUGUUAUAUCUUACUGGACAAAUUGAAGCAGUCUUAAAUGCUGCUGGAUCUUCAGUUGAUCAAUUAGCUCAUUGUCUUAUUAUUUUAACAAAUAUUGAAGAAGAUUAUGAAAUAGUUAAUCAAAUGUAUUCACAAUGGUUUAAAUCACCUGAAUUUUAUCCUGCACGAUCAUCAAUGGGUGUUGUCAAAUUACCAUUCAAUGCCAAAGUAGCUAUUGAAUGUCAAGCUUAUACAACUAAAGAAAUCUAA